GGAGGUCAAAUAAUGACGUCAGUGAUCUUCAGAUCGGAGCUCCUGAAAUGUCCCGAGUUCACAAGUUGGAUGACCGUUCAAACCGAUUUUUCCCAGUCGUAGCUCGUUCGCCCCCUCGAGUUCGCAGUUGUUUUGAACGCACUGAAGUCGGAGAUGAUCCAAAUCAGUUCCCAGUUGUUUUGAACGCGGCAAAAGGCUCGUGGGUAGCUGGUGCUUCCGAGGGUAGCUACAAGAUAGCUUAGAACGAAUUGGUUGUGUAACUUAUAAUGUAUUUUUUUUUGUUCGGUACAAACCUGCUCCAAACUUCAGAAGAAAUACCCGUAGACGUUCGUUCUCCAUUUUUUAACUGGAGAUCUCUUCCUGGUAACGUUACUCUGCUAUCGUCUUUUCCACUGCCCUGAACAUCUCACCAGCCACUGUUGUUUAAUCGUUUUUGAUGCUCCUCUGCAACCUUCUUUCCCACUGUCCCAAAUAACUCAACAGCUACUGCUGUUAAUUGCUCGGUAAUAAACACAUUCAACAGCUGUACUUUAGACAUUUUGGAAAAAGUACACUUCAGAUGCUCAUCAACAAAUCAACUGAAGGUAGUCGUAUUGACCGCGGGCGCAGAUAAUCACUUCCGGCACAAGGUUUUUGUAUUGCCCUUCAAAAUAGAAAAUAAAGACAUUGAUGUAUUCAAUACAUAUGCGAAAAUAUUAUAAUUAAUAAUAUUGUUGUUAUGUACAACUUCCCUUUUAUGUUGAACGUUUUUUGAUUACAGGGAGUGACGUGUUUUGGUCUUCCACCAAAACUUCCGACGGGAAUUGUAAUGUAUUUUAAAAUGGCGUUACCCGCUGUCACUCGUGCAUUCUUUUCUAAUAGGAAUCAAAUAAAGCAAUUUAUGUCAGAGGGCUCCCGCAACCUGUCUUUAGAUAGUCGAGUUCAUGCGAGGACACAAUCAUUGAAAUGUCUGAAAAGGACGACUUCUCAAUCGAAUGCUAUCCAUGCUACUGUGCACAGAAGGUCACCGCUAUACCGCAGCUGCGAAAGCAAUGGCGAUGAAAAUAGUCGUGCUACUAGAAACUGGACUUAUGCAAUGGGUAGUGUAAUUGCGUUCUCUCUCUUCAGCAAAGCUGAGGAGGACACCAGAACUGAUGCCCAGAAGAAAGAAGAUGAGAUUAUUUUACUUUUGAAGAGAGCCAAGCUCGGUAUGAUGCGGGGGCAGUUGCAUGGAGCCAAUGGAUUCCUCCACCAGGCCAUCAAGCUGGCCCACCAGACUAACAAUACACAAGCUAUCAUCUACACCUACAGCUUGAUGGCGAACCUUGCCUAUGUCCAAGGUCAGCUGGAUAAUGCAGAGAAACUGUUCAAAGUGGCCAUGAGUUUCAUGUUGUCCGGAGGAACACCACAGGAUGACAAUGGUGUCAUUGAGAUGUCCUUGAAGCUCGCUACCAUAUAUGCCGGCCAGGAGAAGAAUGACUUGGCAAAGAUGGGUUUCCAGUUUUGCACUGAAUCCCUUGAAGCCAAGUUGGAGAAAUUCAAGGAACUUCCUGCUGAGGAGCAAUCGGAAGAGUUGAGGAAGGAGACCCGGCUCCUACUGGGCCUGACCCUGGACUCCCACGCCCGCUACAUGGUCGCUAUACACCGCCUGAGCCAGGCGGUGGUGGACUACAAGCAAGCCUUGCUGAUCUGUCAGGAAGAGCAGGGACAGACUCACCCACAGGUACCAGUUGGCCAGGAAGAGCAGGGAGAGACCCGCCCACAGAUGCCAGGAAGAGCAGGGAGAGACCUGCCCACAGAUGCCAGGAAGAGCAGGGAGAGACCCGCCCACAGGUACCAGGAAGAGCAGGGAGAGACCUGCCCACAGGUACCAGGAAGAGCAGGGAGAGACCCACCCACAGGUACCAGGAAGAGCAGGGAGAGACCCACCCACAGGUACCAGGAAGAGCAGGGAGAGACCCACCCACAGUCCUUGGUGCUGAUGAGUGACCUGGCCACCAUCCUGGACAUGCAGGGUCGCCACGACGAGGCUCUGCCCCUGGUGAAGCAGGCUGUGGAGCUGAGCAGAGAAAACGGCCACCCUGACCAACAUGUGCUGCUGGGAAACAUGGCAGGCAUCCUACUGCACAAUGAUCUUUUUGAGGAGUCUGUGAAGCUGUACAAGGAGUCCCUGGCUCUGGCCCAGUCUGCAGGAGACGAAGAAGCACUGGAGCAGAUACAGGAGGGACUGAAAGAGGUGGCCAACAGGAGGAAAGCACAGAAGGCAGAAGAAGCAGCCAAGAAUAAGACCGACUGACCGGUUGGAUCAACUAAACUAAUCUUAUUAACACAACUCCAAGCAAUCUCUCUGAACUCGUCUGACCACUCGGGUCCCUUCAGCACAGUGUUAUUACAAGUUAUGGAGUACAGGGCAUUUAGCUCAGAAAGAGAAGAAGAAACACACAAUAACAUCGCAACGGAUGUCUUGGAACGGUUUCUUACAAUGGGCAAUUAACAAUUUCAUCUGUGAAACCCCAAUGAUGUUUUGUUUGUAUUGUGGGAAAUGUCACUCCUUCAAUGUGGUGUCUGUUUGUUGUCAGAUUGGCUUAAGAUGUAAGGGGAACACCUCAAGGCUUAAUUAAGUCCAUUGCCAGAAUUCAAUCAAAAGGUGUGUUGUCGACAGGCGUAAUUGCACUUGAUUUUUAAAUGAUGACUUUAUAUUUACGUUUGUGCUGGCAUCUUCAGAGUUGGUCAUGAAUGCGAUCUCUCCACGAACGUCGAAGGGGGAAAUGCACCCGGUUACAAAGGCACAUUGUCGACAGAGCGAUUGAUGACAAUGUGUCUUGUUUGAAUUCCAUCCUGAAUGAUGGCGCCUUAGUCUGAUGACUUGCCAUUGCUGUCUGAAUCACUAUAAAUGACACUGUAAGAUAUGUAAAUGUUGUAUAUACAAAAUGUUUUAUGGGCUAGAAUGUGAUAUAGGACUUAACUGGCAGCUUCAAGAGUGAAAGGCCUAAUCAAUAACCUUUGUGUGAACAGAGAUGUAUCAUAAUAAAUACUGUCUUUGAGAUGGUGUAUAUAUAUAUUACAUACAGUGCAUUUGGAAAGAAUUCAGACCCCUUGACUUUUUCACCAUUUUGAUACGUUACAGCCUUAUUCUAAAAUGGAUUAA